AUGGCCGCAUUUGUUACUUCUGUUGCAUCAAAGCUUGUGUCGAAUCUCGGUGAGUACCUGAUUGCUCCCAUUGGACGUCAAUUUAUGUACGUGUUGUGCUACGAGAGAUAUGUCAACGAUCUCAAAAAUGGAGUCAAGGAGCUAGAGGUUGCAAAGGAAAGGGUGCAGCACUCCGUUGAUGAAGCCAUGUAUGACAGAAAACUUAUAGAAUCUGAUGUUAAGAAUUGGCUAAAGAAUGUGGAGAGUAAGGCUAAGGAAGCAGAAAACUUGUUAAAACAUGAGGAAACUGCAAACACUGCUUGCUUCAACGGGUGGCUUCCCAACCCUGUGGUGCGCCAUCCACUUGGCAGGAAGGUGAAGAAGACGACUCAACUCAUUCAAGGACUCCAUAAUGAAAGCACAAAAAACAUCUUCCAGAAGGUCUACUAUGAGAAUACUCCAACAGGAAUUGUCACUUCUACCACUUCCGCUGCAAGAUCUGUUGACAAGAAAGAAGAUGUCCUGGAGUCGAGGGCUUCAAUCACAGAGCAUGUAAUGAAGGCUAUAACUGAUGACAAGAUCUGUGUGGUUGGGGUGUACGGACCAGGUGGGGUUGGCAAGUCCAAGCUUUUGGAGGACGUUGAAAGGCGAGUUAGGGAAGAGAAGAUAUUUGAUGUGGUCACAAUGGCAAAUGUAUCACGCAAUCCAGAUUUAAAAACAAUCCAGGGAGAAAUUGCUGACGCACUAGGCCUAAAGCUAAUGAAUGUGGAAACUGCUCGUGGGAGAGCCAAUCGUUUGCGUGAGAGGUUAGAGUGCGAUCGUGAAAAAAAAAUUCUCAUAAUUUUAGAUAAUUUGUGGAGGAAGCUAGAGUUGAAAGAUGUUGGAAUCCCUUGCGGUGACGAUAAUAAAGUAAGAGGUUGCAAGUUAUUAUUAUCAUCUAGAUAUCGAGAUAUUUUGUGCAUUGACAUGUGCUCUGACCCAGUAUUCCUACUUGGUGAGUUAAAGCAUGAAGAAGCACGGAGACUUUUUGAAAGGAUAGUGGGGGACAAGGUGAACGAUCCUGACUUUAAGCCCUUGGUAGAUGGAGUGGUUAAGAAUUGUGGAGGCUUGCCACUUCUGAUUGUUUCGUUAGCAAAAAGGUUGAAACACGGACAUCUGGCUGCAUGGAGCAAUGCUUUGACCAAAAUAGAAGGGUCGGAUGUAAAAUCAGUAGUGGAACUAAGUUACAAUGACUUAGAAAAUGAGAGGAUCAGAUCAUUAUUCUUGGUUUGUGCUCUAUAUAAUGGGAGAUGUUUCAUGAAGGAUACCCUAGUCUACUCCAUGGGUUUAGGUUUAUUUGAAAAAUUCAGCAAGACCAUCGAAGAAGCUAGAAAUAGGUUGACUACAGAUCUAUUUAGCCUCCAGGGUUGCUCUUUGCUAUUAGAUAGUGACGUCACGAAAAAGCUCAAAAUGCAUGACAUAUUUGUUGACGUGGCUAUCUCUGUGCAUGACAAGUUUAUUGACACAGAAUGGAACGCCUUGUUUGGGACGAAGGAUCGUGGGUUUAAAGAAUGGCCAAAGGAUGAGCUCAGAAGAUGCACUGCGAUAUCUUUCCAAUAUGUUGGCAUUGAUGAGCUUCCUGAAAAAUUGAACUGUCCAAACUUGAGGAUGCUUCUGUUAUUCGAAAACCCGUCUCUCAAAAUUCCUGGGUCAUUUUUUGAAUCUAUGGAGAAGCUCCAAGUCUUGGACUUGGCUCGCUUAUCUUUCACCUCGCUACCUUCGUCGAUUGAGUUCCUCGGAAACCUCAAGUCGCUAUCUCUCGAUCUCUGCAUUUUGGAGGAUGUGACUAUUCUUGGAAAGCUGACAGGUUUGCAGUUCCUAAGCUUCUUCGGAUCUACCAUCGCUCGGCUGCCCAAAGAAAUAGGUGAACUAACAGAAUUAAGAUUUUUGGACUUGAGAGAGUGCACCAGGCUCAACGUUAUUGAACCUGGCGUACUUGGAAGCUUGUUUAAUUUAGAAGAACUGGAUAUGGAAGACAGUUUUCAUCGGUGGGAGGCCGAGGAUGAAGCACCGCGAAGUAACGCCAGCCUAGCUGAGUUGAAGAACAUGAAAAAUUGA